CGCCGAGACACUUCAGAAUCGAAUCGGGUUUGUAAUGGAGAGUAAUAUCACGAACAGCGUUCUGACCAGAACGGGCCGAUUCUGCCUUUGAACCUCAUCAUUUAUGUCCGAUCAAGCCAUUCUUCAAGAUUAACAAAAUCUUCACACGAGUCUUCGCAUGAUGUUUACCUGUUCUUCUAAGUGGAAAGGAGACGAGGAAAAAUGAUGAGCAAGGCGAUGAAAGUUAUUCUCUACCUUUUUGCCAAAGAGCGAAAAUAAUAUGAAAGAGGACGCGGCUGGAUGCGGAUAAUCAUGUUUUGCAGUACAUCUCAGUCUCAAAUCUCGCGUUGUCUCUUUUGAAGAGCUUUCCUGACCGGAGACUAUGCUCUAACCUCAUCCCAGCGAGCCGGAUAAGGCUCAAUUCGAUUUAGAGAUCUGCUAUGCCGCCGACGUGAUUCUUACAAACUUCUCUUAGGAAUGGUCGAGCGUAUCGGUACAUUCACUGUUGGAUCCACUCUGGCAUCAAAAGGAAAGUGACUAUUCAUAACACGAUAUCUCUUCUUCCUAUCCAUGAUUCCCAUCUCACAAAUCUUGUCUCCAUUUAUCCCAUGUCAAGCUUGCAGGAAUCAAAAAUCACUUGGCUGAACUGGCAUAGUCACGAGUACGUACUACACCCACCCGAGCUCGACGGUGACCUCAAUUUCAUAUUCCCACGGUAUUAGAUAUGGAAGGAACCUCUACUUCCCUUGAGUUGCGACUCAUCGUGUACAAUGGUCACUUCGUCGUUGUCAGCUCGACACCAAACCUCACCUACAAACGUUUUCGUUCAUUUUCUGUCGAGAAAACAAAGAAAUAUUCAAGACUUAUCAGCGAGACAUAUACAGGUGCCGAAGAGGUUCCAGUGAUCGAGGGUGGCAAAGACGACGCCCUCAAAAUUGCACACGUUCUGAAACAUGCGAAAGCGACAGAUAUACACUGCACCACCACGAUCGCGAACCCAAUGUGGCGUCGUGUGUUCUUCUGGGAGCUUGAAUUCGAGGGGAUAGCUCGUCCAGCUCUUGAUGAGCCGUUCCGAGAGCUGCUAGGAAUGCUCGAGGGGUUAAAUGACAAGAUUGAGAGCGGAGAGUCACAUUUCGAUCAUAUUGCACUCCCCAAGAUUGACGGUAUUACGUGCAACGUUUCGAUUCUUAAGCUUUCACGGCUGUUUUGGGCUGCGAAGCACCUUCGAUUCCAAGCUCCUCUCCUCUGGGAGGAUGAACUACGUGUUGCCCUUAUGCAGGCUAUCAAUACAAUUGAUAUCUCGAAUUUGGCGAGCAAGACCCCAGCCUUCCGCGCUGUCGAUUUCUGGUACAUUUGGGGUGCGUUCCGUGGCUUGGACGAUGACCUAGUUGAAGCGAUGGUUGCCAAACUAGCCGAUGCGAAAACCCAUGGUACCGAUCCAAAAGACCUCGAAUUUCUCAACACGGAGAUUAAGGAACUUAACACCUGGCUCACCAGAGUAGAGCAAAAGAAGCCAAAAACUGCGUGGGUACAGCACACUGUCGGCGGGAUGGGUGGCCGUCGCGCGAACACUCCAGCUCCCCUCAUGCUAUCCAGCUCAUUCGGCGCAAUGUCGAACGCUUCAAAGACAGCAACCUACAUCCCGCCACUGGGCCGCAACGCACCCAAGCACCAGGACAUCGCUGCGCCACUGAAUACAGCCUAUACUCCUCCGCGUAGGGUCAUGCUGCGUGAAAGCGCAGCUAUAGAGCUAUCUGCCAGUACCAGAGCUGAGGACGAGAAAGGCGAGGCGGGGACGUCUACAACGCCUACCGCAAUGGCGUCGCCAACUCGCGCGACCAAAGGUACCAUGCGGAACGGCAAGAAGAAGAACCAUAGCCUUGACGGCAAGUAGUGAUGGGGAGUCGUUGAAACGCGCUUGACCGCAGUUACAUCGCCAGGACAGCCUCGCAGCGCCAGGUACGCAACAAUCCGAAAUAUGGUUCUUAGGCGAAUGAAAGCUCACGCGAGCAUGUUGAAAACACCUAUACACGUUCGAUUUGAUCCAUAGCUUCCUCAAAAGGGUAUCUCCAAUCCGGUCAGACUACGUCUUAUCAUCACCAAAAGUGAGACAUAGUGGCAGAGUCGUGAAAGCCAGAUAAAGUUUGUUUCAUUUUUUGGUGUCGCUUCGGCACAGUUUGUAAGCACAGAAGUAGAACCGAAUUGAUUUUGCAUUCG